AUGCUGAAAUUUCUCAAAAACAAAACGUCCGAUGAGGGUUCGAGCUCGAAGGAAUCGAAGUCUUCAUCAGGAAUCAAGGAAUUUCUGGAGAAAGCUCGAGAGGACUUCAAGCAGCGAUGGGAGAAUCCAGCACAGAACAAACUGUUGCCCCUGUAUUCUGAAGAGGUCGCUCAGUACAUGAGCGAUUGGCCGUCGCAAAGAAGCGCGUCCACGUCGACCUCAUGCGACUCCUCACCGCAGCGAGAGGUCCAUCCAUUGUUGAGGUCUAAACCCGCGAAACCUUGCGAUUUAACGAACCAUGGAGCUUUCCCUCUUACUCGUGCUCUUCCCUUCCAUGGUGGUCUCACUUCCGGAAUGGCCGUAAAGAAACGACGAUCGUCCAGCUCUCCCGAGGACUCGCACUAUCGCGAGAAGAUCCCCCAUCUGGAAUCCACCUUGUAUCGAUCAGCUGGAGAGGAAUUGGAACUGUCCGAACCAUCUACCUCAUCAGGACCUCGUCUUCCGGCGACUCCGCCAGAAACUCCGCCGAAGAUUUCCUCCUGUUCGGAUAGAAAGGACGUUAACCUAACUGCGGAAUUGUUCUGGCUAAAAACUCAUCUUUCCGAACACUGGUCAAUGAAAUGGUUAUGGCAGAACACUGCAACACUCGAUGACUUCGAUCGCAUCAAAACAUUGGGUACAGGCUCGUUCGGAAGGGUGAUGCUGGUAAAACACAAACAAACUGGAAAUUACUUUGCCAUGAAAAUUUUGGACAAACAAAAGGUUGUGAAGCUAAAACAAGUGGAACACACGUUGAAUGAGAAACGAAUCCUGCAGGCGAUCGAUUUCCCUUUUCUUGUGAACAUGCAAUACUCUUUCAAAGAUAACUCAAACCUCUAUAUGGUGCUCGAAUUCAUUUCCGGUGGCGAAAUGUUCUCUCAUCUACGUAGGAUUGGACGUUUCUCCGAGCCUCACUCGCGUUUCUACGCCGCACAGAUCGUAUUGGCAUUCGAGUAUCUGCACUCUCUCGACCUGAUCUAUCGAGACCUGAAGCCUGAGAAUUUAUUGAUUGACAGCACAGGAUACUUAAAGAUCACAGAUUUCGGCUUUGCGAAACGGGUCAAGGGUCGCACUUGGACACUAUGUGGUACUCCGGAGUAUUUGGCUCCGGAGAUCAUCCUCUCAAAGGGUUACAAUAAGGCCGUAGACUGGUGGGCCCUUGGUGUUUUGAUCUAUGAAAUGGCAGCUGGCUAUCCGCCGUUCUUCGCCGAUCAGCCCAUCCAGAUCUACGAGAAGAUUGUCAGUGGGAAGGUGAAAUUCCCAUCACAUUUUUCGAACGAACUGAAGGAUUUGCUGAAGAAUUUGCUUCAAGUCGAUCUCACAAAACGCUUCGGAAAUCUUAAAAACGGCGUCGCUGACAUCAAGAACCACAAAUGGUUCGGAAGCACCGACUGGAUUGCCAUUUACCAACGGAAGGUGGAAGCGCCGUUCCUGCCGAAAUGUCGCGGUCCAGGCGACGCGUCGAACUUCGAUGAUUACGAGGAGGAGCCACUGCGUAUAUCGGGCACUGAAAAGUGUUCCAAAGAGUUUGCCGAGUUCUGA